CCUCCAGAGCAUCAGAUUAACAGCCUUUCUCUCUCUCCGUCCCAGCAUCACCUCUUCUCUCUCUCAGCCUGACAAUCAUCAUUAUCACCAUCUUGUCCACCGCCAGCUGUAGCUAAACCACUGCGCCAUGGCAACCUUGGAUGGUUUUCCCGCCAGUUUCUAUGGGGAGCCGGGGGUGUUGGGUAUGUUGGCCAAUGGGAUCAGUGCGUUCCUGGUUCUACUGCAGAACUUCAACACAGCAAGAACCGGAGUAUCUGCCGAGGGGGUGGAGAACAUUCUGGCAGGUGUUCAUCUCAUCCUGAUAGGUGGAGUGUGUCAGCUGAUUGCCGGCCUCCUGUCGUUCCGUAAAUACGACCACCUGAGUGGCACCGCCUUCAUUGGCUAUGCAGCUCUCUGGGGCAGCUAUGGUGCCACACGCAUCUUCCUGGGUGCAUCCCAAUCAAUCACAACUAACCUGACCAUGUCACAUGACCUGAUGAGUAACGCGACCCCGCUCACCGCCCUCACGACCAACCUAUCUCUGUCGGCUGAACUCUGGAACAGCACCUCGCAGAGCCCUGAUUGGCUGUCUCUCCUGCUCAUCCCCCAGUCUGCCAUCGCGGGAUUGGUCCCCUACAUCCUUCUAUCCUUCCUAUUGGCCUUCUGCUCUGCCACGGUAAACGUCAUCAUGCCCUUCGUGUUCGGUGCCAUCACGCUUACCCUGCUGUUUGAGGCUGUGGCGGUGGGCGUGUCCUCGGCCUGGCCACUGGUCGUCUCUGGCAUUCUAGAACUCCUCAUCCUCCUUUUCGCCGUGUACGGCAGCGCCGCCCUGUUGGUGAAAGGUCUGGCGCAGCGCUAUGUCCUCAAGGGGUUCGGCACGCCCCUGUUCAACGUGCUCCUGCUGGGGACCAACAGCCCUGCGGCCAGCGCCCAGAGCCUGGGACAGGAGAAGAAGAAGAACACCAAGUACGCUGAACCCCAGGCGCUCUUCUUCUUCUGUGACAUGGUGUCUCCCUUCAUCAUGUUGUUCUACAGCUUUGGAUACGUCACGUCCUUCUCCCUGGGUGCUGUGUGGGUCUCCAUCAUCUCUGCUGCUCAACUCCUCUCUAGCUACUACGCUCACCUGCGGCAAGAUGGCUACCUGGUCACCAAGGCCGGCCUGCAUGCCACCUACUGGCUUACCAAGGCGUGGGAGGAGUUUGUGUUGUCGGCUGUGAUCGUGUCGGAGCCGGAGGGAGAGGUGGCUACUGGGAGACAGGCGAUGGUUGGUGAUUGGUUCUUCGUGGCGGUGGCACUCCUCCUCCUAGUUGUCAGUCUGAGUAAUGACACCCUGGAGGUUACCCAUAAUGCUCUGUUCCUGCUGCUGUCCAUCUCCACAGUCCCCCAGAUCCCCCUCCAGGGGUACUAUGUGUUCUUCGGGGUGUCCUGUUCCCUGUUUGCCUCCGCUUCGCUCUACGGGACAUUUUGCCGCCUGAUCAACUCCAUCGCUGAGAAGAGUCUGAUCCCGGUGGGUCCUCAGCCCAUCUCCUCCGACCGUCUCCACUCCUUCCUGUCCUGCUUUCGCUCCCCGGGGAAACUCCAGGGGGCGCUGCCUUCAUCAUCAUCAGCAUCCUCCCCGACCAAUCAGAUCCCUGACGCUCUGUUCUACCUGACCAAUGGCGUGGCCUCUCUCUCGGCGCUCCACGCGGCCUCAUCCAGUCAGAGCGUGUCCUUCCUGCGACUGAGUGUUCCCUGGGUUCUGGUAUCUGGAGCGGUGGUACAGGGGUUCGUCAGCAGGCUGCAGGUCAGAGGAGGACAGAGGUUUGGCUCCGUCAUCCCAUCCUUCUACCUGUCUGUCUGGGCCACCUGGACAUGGUAUCGCUUCGCAGGCCCCUUGCUGCAGAUCUCUCCAGUAGGAUCCUAUGGGUUUACAGCUGGAGCCAUCGCUUUCCUGGUCAUCAACGCUUUCCUCAUGAUCAUCGCUGCGUAUGGUAACCUGGUCCUCUUGUCUCUGACCGUGGUCAUGGAGGCGGUUCUGGUGUGUUUCCUCCUGUCCACUCUGCAACAGCUCCCCUACCAGCUGGAGAUUGCCAUGCUAGCUGUGUUCUCUGUCAUCUGUCUAUAUGGAACCCUGGCAUCACUGGUCAACUGUACCUUCCGUCAGAGUGUGAUGCCCAUGGGGCCUCCACUGGUUAAGGAUGUGAAUCAGCAGCAGAAGUCCUCCCCUGCUCUGCCUUGUCCCGUAGCAGACUCCAGACUGACCAGCGGUCUUCUGAAGAUCUCCAGACUGCUGGACGACGGGGGGGUCUGUGGAAUCCCCACCGAUACGGUCUACGCCCUGGCCGCAUCCUGCAAGAACCCUCAGGCCAUCGAGAACAUCUACAACAUUAAGGACCGUCCAGCAGAGAAGCCCAUCUGUAUCUGUAUCUCCAGUGUGGAGCAGCUGGUGGCAGCCAAGCCCCCAUUCAGCUCUCUACUCUGGGAAUUCAUGAGGAACGUCUACCCUGGAGGGAUCAGCUGCAUCGUCAGCAAGGGAGACUGGCUACUCACACUGGGUGUGGGUCCGGCCUACGACCGCGUGGGGACCAAUGAUAGCAUCAUGAUCCGAGUCCCUGACCACACCGUCACAGGACACCUGUGUGACAUCACCGGACCACUUGCCAUCACCUCAGCCAAUCCCAGUGGAGAACCCGACAGUACGCACCACGACAUGGUCAUCAGUCGGCUGGGCCAUAAGAUCCAGGGGGUUCUGUGUGACGGGGAUUCCAACGAGAUCGUAGCCUCAACGGUGGUGAACUGCCUCAAGAUAGAUGAAGGCACGAUUAGUAUCGUGAGGGAAGGCUGCGUCCCGGCGGUGAAGGUCCGACAGAUCUUUGAGAUGGUGAAGACCAGUAUGUUGUGAGGAGGACCUUUCCCUCCGUCCCUCUAUCCUCUCUUCCAUCCAGCUCCCCUCCCCCAUUCUCUCCCUCCAUCCUCUGUUGACCAAUGACGACACUCAGAUCAGAUUCUGGACCCACCCACCUCAGGCCACCAUCCAAUGUGUCUCUCAAACAUGUUGAGGAACAUUUGUUCCAUAUUUAUUCUGUAUGUUGUCGAUGUAAUCAUAUAUAAAUAUGUGCAUUUUAGAUUCGAUUUUCGGAUUAUAAGUAUGUUUUGUUUUGUUCUGUAUGAUUUGAUUAUGUAAAAUGAAGUUUAACAGAAAUUAUACUCUUAUGAUGUACAACUCUAAAUGAGGGAUUAAUGAAGGAUGAUCAAAUCAAAUCAAAUCAAAUUUAUUUAUAUAGCCCUUCGUACAUCAGCUGAUAUCUCAAAGUGCUGUACAGAAACCCAGCCUAAAACCCCAAACAGCAAACA